CACAUAUUCUGCUCACUAAGCUCGUUUCCACUGUUACCAGUCCGUGAUGAUAAAUUGAUAACCUUGUAGAACUAAAUACACUGAUAACCGGUAAAAUAAGAAUAACCUAAAAAAAUAACUAAUGUUUUAUCAAAUACGAAAUGUUUUGAUUCUUGUGUACUGYAUUUGAAAUCAUUCGUUCCGAUCCCGAUCGGUCUUGUGCUCGUUAAGUAAAUAGCUAUUACCAGCCGAUWCGUUCGAAAUUCGAAUUAAGAUUUUUGUUACUGUAAAUAUUAACUGUUGUCGAUUAUUGAGUUCAAUACUCCCAGCAAAAUGGCWGCAGUAUUCGAUGAAGUUGGUAAGUCAAAUGUAUUAAAGAAUACUGAAGAAGUGUUCGAUGAUGAAGAACAAGUAGAAGAUGUUGAAGAUGGAUCGGCGGUCACAAAGAAGAAGAGGAAGCGAAGGAAGAAGAAGACUCAAACAAACGAUGAUGGGACAGAAACAAAAGAAAAAGAUGAAGYAGAAAAAGAAAUGACUAGCGGAGUGACCAAUAUUAAUAUGGAUGAUGAAACGGAAGCUGAGAAAAAAAAGACCAGACGUCGUACUAAAAAGAAGGAAACUAAGGUCAAUGAACCAGAGUCGAAAGAAAAAAAGCAAACUGAUCCUCCAUCUGUCCCAUGUAAUUACUUUGUUAUCAUAGAUGAGUAUCCUGUUGGUCAAGAAGUUGAAUAUGAUGGCCGUAUGGGCAAACWGCGAAUAACAAGUGAAGAGAAACGAGCAAUUGAACGUUCAAAGUAUGAUGAUUACAAUGAUGCCAGACGGGCAGCUGAAGCUCAUAGACAAGUAAGAAAACAUAUUCAAAGCUGGGUGAAACCUGGUAUGACUAUGAUUGAAAUUUGUGAAGAGUUAGAGCGAUGUUCUAGAGCUUUAAUUGGAGAAGAUGGACUUAAAGCUGGUCUAGCUUUUCCCACAGGAUGCUCAAGAAAUAAUUGUGCAGCACAUUAUACACCCAAUGCGGGUGAUCCUACAGUCUUAUUAUAUGAUGAUGUUACCAAAAUUGAUUUCGGCACACACGUGAAUGGCCGUAUAAUUGAUUGUGCAUUUACUUUGACUUUCAAUCCCAAGUAUGAUAAGCUUGUUGAAGCUGUGAGGGAUGCAACUAAUACAGGAAUAAAAGCUGCUGGUAUCGAUGUUAAGCUUUGUGAAGUUGGUGAAGCAAUUCAAGAAGUAAUGGAAUCUUAUGAAGUUGAGCUUGAUGGUAAAACAUAUCCUGUUAAGUCAAUUAGAAAUCUCAAUGGCCAUUCAAUUGAUGCAUAUAGAAUACAUGCGGGAAAAACUGUACCAAUUGUUAAAGGUGGUGAAGCAACUAUGAUGGAGGAGAACGAGUUUUAUGCUAUAGAAACAUUUGGUUCCACUGGCCGUGGCAUUGUWCGAGAUGAUAUGGAUACAUCCCAUUAUAUGAAAAAUUUUGAUGCUCCAUAUGUGCCACUACGACUCCAAGCAUCACAAAAAUUGCUCAGUACAGUCAAUAAGAAUUUCAGUACAUUAGCAUUUUGUAAACGCUGGCUUGAUAGGUUGGGCGCAACGAAAUAUCAAAUGGCACUAAAAGACUUAUGCGAUAAAGGAAUUCUUGACGCUUAUCCACCAUUAUGUGAUAUCAAAGGCUGUUACACAGCUCAGUUUGAGCACACAAUUGUACUUAGACCAACUUGCAAGGAAAUCAUAAGCAAAGGAGAUGAUUAUUAACUCUACGAGUAAUUUAAGUCCAUACAAAUAUUAUGUCGCUAAUAUCAUAACAAAUACAUUGUUAUUCUAAAUAAAAUGUUAACCUUCGGUGGUCAA